AUGAGCAAAUCCGAUACACGUAAACGACAGCGAACAACAAGUGGAAACAGUGAUUCCGACUCCGAUUCCGACCCUUCACGUCCAAAACACAUUUUUGCUGAUGGUUAUGAUGAAAACUAUCGUGGCGAUGCAAAUGAUCGAGCUUGGCUAAAGACUUUAUCCGAACGUGAGCGUGAAGCCGAAUUAUUAAAAAGACAUGAACAACGAGAAAUAAUCAAACGUCGUGAGGAAAUUAACAAGCGGUUGAAAUCAAAAGCUGAAGAAUCGGGAAUAAAGAGUGAAGAAGAAGGUGAAAUUGAUGAUCAUGACGAUGACAGUGAUAAUGAAAAAGCGAACAAAACUUCUACGCGAAAAUCCACAUUGUACGAUGAUAACAUUUACGCCGAAGACGACGAUGAUGAUUAUGCAUCAUCGGCCAAUCGCCGGAAACAGAUCAAUGCAUCGAAACAAAAAGAAACUGAACAUAGUAAAUCCCUGCAACUGCUAGUCGAAGGACGAAAGAAAAAGCAAGGUAAGACAGAAUUUCAAUUGAUUUCAACAUUGGCAUGUUGGAUUUUCGUAGAUGAAAAACUAAAGAAAAGUUUACUCAAAACCGACGAAGGUUCGUCAAGUGAUGAUGAUGCGUCUGAAAAACCUUCGAAAUCAAAUGACAACGAUGUUAAAUGGAAAGUUACCGAUGUCUAUCAAACGUCCAGCGAUGAUGAUGACGAAGAUGAAGACGAUGAGGAUAGUUUAGGAAAUGCGCGUAAUCGUCGUCUUCGUUCACGUUCACCCGAUGAUCGAAUGCUUGAUUCACGUGAGCACGACACGAAACGAAAAAGAUGCACACCGAUUACUACUAAAGAUCAGCUGAAAUCAAUGAUCUUAUCACGUUUUCGUAUGGAAAAAUGGUGCCAUGCACCUUUCUUUGCCGAUGUUGCCAAAGGGGCUUUUGUUCGCAUCAAUAUCGGUCAAAGCAAUGGUGAACCUGUUUAUCGAGUCUGUGAAAUCAAUGAUGUAGUAGAGACUGGGAAAAUUUACAAUCUUGGAGUAACGCGGACGAACAAAGGACUUCGUUUAAAACAUGGCAAUAACGAGCGUAUUUUUCGACUUGAAUAUGUGUCAAAUAAUGAAAUCUCCGAUAAUGAAUUUCAACGAUGGAGAGAAGCAAUGAUUCGACAAGGAAUCGCAUUGCCAACGCUCGAUGAUUUGGAAAAGAAGACGAAACAAAUUGAUAAAUUCAAACAUUAUGUUUAUAACAACAAUGAUAUAACGAAGAUGGUCGAAGAAAAGAAACGCUUUCGGAAAGCACCAAUCAAUUAUGCAGUAACAAAAAAUGAACUCAUGAAAGAAAUCGAAAUAGCCAAAGAUGAUAACGAUGUAGAACGAGAAAAUGAAUUAAGAAAACAAUUAAUAGAAAUGGAAGAAAAAGCGUCUGAACUCGAUCAUAAUUGCGACAACGAUCGACGAAUUGUAUCAAAGGAUGAAUCAUAUGGGACAUAUGACAUACCAAACAUAGUGCAUUUCAUCACUGGGCAAGGUGAUGCGAGUGAGACGAUACUUGAUCAAUUUGGUCCACGUCUUGCUCACCGUCGAUUAGAACGAGCUUCAUCUGAAUUUCAUCUAAUCAAUUAUCUCGUACUCCUUUCUGCUCGUCAACAUAUUAACCCUGACCAAAUUUAUGUUCACUAUACUUAUGAACCAACCGGUUAUUGGUGGAUGAAAGCAAUGCAAGAUCGACAAUUAAACAUCACUAUGAACAAAAUCCCACCAAUCACAUCGAUUUAUAAUCAUCCAUUGUAUCAUCAUGCGCAUCGGAGUGAUAUUCGACGAUUGGAAGUGCUCGAUAAAUAUGGCGGAAUAUAUUUGGAUCUUGAUGUUCUCGUUCUCAGUUCGUUUCGACAACUAAUUGCGAAUUCACAACAAGUCGAAGCUAUUUUUGCUUGGGAAGAUAAAGAUUUUCAAGCUGUAUGCAAUGCUGUUAUUCUAGCGCCGAAAACAUCGAAAUUUCUUCGACGUCUCUAUCAUUCAUACCAAAGUUUCAAUUCCUCAUGUUGGGCUUGUCAUUCCGUAAUAUUAACUGGUCAACUAGUCACGAUCUAUCCGAAUGAAGUUCACGUUUUACCUUCCAAAGCGUUCUUUACACCAUCUUGGUCACAUAUCGAGGAAUUAUACGUUUACAAUCAAUACGAUUUUCGAGAGAAUUAUGCGUGCCAUCUAUGGAAUUCAUAUGUCGGGAAUCUAUUCUUGCAUAAUUUGACGACGAAUUCCAUUUUACAACCUGAGAAAAUGACGACGUUCGUGCGAAUGAUUUAUCAUGCUGUUGGAAAAGAGAAAUUGAAGGCCAUUGCGCGAGAGAAUCUUUCGAAAUAA